AUGGUGGCGGAGAUCAAGAUCACUAAGCCAGUUGUUUGCCUUGCUCUACGCAAAGCCCCACCCAAUAAGGCUGCCAUGCUAAACAAGCCUGGUAUGGAGCGGACUGCAGGCAAAUUUGGCAAUCGGCCACGUGACUUCACGUACGAUGUCUCAAAGGCCGAUGAGAUCUAUGAUUGCUUGGAAAAAGUAGGGUCUGUUUACAGCAUUGACCGCGGUAUCCUGCUUGCACGGACGGCGUGUAGGAUUGCCAGGGCUAAGCCCAAGACAAUAAUUCCAAUAGUUCGCUUUUUCGUUUUAGCGCUACUUGGAUACUUCAAGCCAAGAUCAGGACGAUGGGUGGGAGAUAGGGGCAUGCAUCCAAGAGCUUAUUUUCUCGUUGUUGCUUGUAACAUUAUUAACGAGAAAACGUGGCAGGCUCUAUUUUCAUGCUUAAUGUUGUCGCCUUCGAAAUUGAUGCUUAAGUCGAUCCACUUGCAUUGGUGGUCUCUCUCUUCCCUCAUCGCAUGCGCUUCGCUUCGACCAGGGUUUAAGCCUUUGAUUGUCCGAUAG